GGCCUCUGGGGAGCAGAAAAGAAAGUGAAACCUCCCGCCCAGACUUUCGAUUUCGCCGCCUCCGCGCGCCGUCCAGGUGGCCCCCGCGAUCCCCUGUCGCGCUGGGGUCCAGCCACCGCGCUCCCGAGACGUGGUCCCCGGAGCACUGCGUCCCCGAUGGCCGGCGACCAAUGGCGGAGGGACGAAGGGAGGGUCCCCGACAGCAGGCGACUCAUGGCGGGGGCCGGGGGUCCUCUGCGCCUCCGCGAAUGGCUGGUGGCGCAGAUCGAGAGCGGGCGCUACGCCGGGCUGCGCUGGGAGGACGCGGGCAAGACCCUCUUCCGCAUCCCCUGGAAGCACGCAGCCAAGCAAGGCUACCAGGCGCAGCAGGACGCGGCGCUCUUCAGGGCCUGGGCCAUAUACAAGGGCAAGCACCUAGAGGGCGUUGACAAGGAGGACCCCUCCACCUGGAAGACACGGCUCCGCUGUGCCCUCAACAAGAGCGCUGACUUCUGUGAGGUGCGCUCGCGCAGCCAGCUGGACAUCUCCAACCCCUACAAGGUCUACCGGCUCCUGUCUGACGGUGCCCACAGCCCAGUUACCAGGGGUUGUGCUCCCUGUAAAGAGGAGGGCAUUCUUCAUAGCCAGCAGGUGCCCCCUGGAGAAGUGACAGAGCCGGCCUGCAAGACAGAAGAGCAGGUUGGCUCCAGAUUAGUCAUAGAGGAUAAGGACAAGGAGCAGCCCCCCAGGCUGGCCCAGCAGGACUCCCUGCCACCAGCUGCCCUGCCCCCAGGCCCUUUGGCUGACCACAGGUACCAGGCUCAGGAUCCUGCUCACCCCUGGGGCCCCUCACCUUCUGAGGACUUCAGCAACCCCGAUUUUUGGCUGCACGUGCGACUCUUCUAUGGCGCGGAGCUGGUGCGCGAAGCCACAGCGCGCGCGGCCGACGGCUGCAGCCUGAGUCCGCGCGCAGCCGCCGCUGCCGCCGAGCUCCUGCUGGGGCCGCCGCCGCGCGUCGCGCAGGUUCGUUUCCCGGAGCCACCGCCCGGCGCCCGCGUGCUGCGGCGCCUGCUGCCCCACCUGGAGCGCGGAGUGCUGCUCUGGGUGGCGCCCGAGGGCGUCUUCGCCAAGCGCCUGUGCCAGGGCCGUGUGUACUGGCGCGGCCCGCUCGCCCCGCACCGCGCGCGGCCCAACAAACUGGAGCGAGAGCGCACCUGCCAGCUCCUCGACACGCGCCGCUUCCUCGCGGACCCCACAGUCUCGGUGCCCGUAGAACUGAGAGCCCACCUGCAGGAUGGUCGCCAGGAGCCCGAGUACCAGAUCCGGCUGUGCUUUGGCGAGGAGUACCCGGGGCCCCCGGACCAGCCUGAGGAGCGUCUCAUUAUGGCCCAUGUGAGUCACCUCCCACUCCAGCGGAGAACCACACCCUCCAGCCUCCCUGAACGGCCUCUCACUGCGCCCUCCAGUCCCAGCUCCGCCCCGGACCUGCCUUACGACCCUCUGAUCUGGAAGACCUUGCGUGUAAAAUGCAUGUGGAGAGGGGCUGUCACUCCCGCCCACCCCCCAACAAAGGGUGUGGGUAAAGGGGAAGGUUGGCUCAUUGCCCCACCCCCACCCCGCAGGUGGAGCCAGUCUUCGCGCGGGAGCUCCUCCUACACUCGAAGCUCCACGGCCAGGUGCCUCGAUGGCGCGUUCCCAGCCCCGCAUCCCCGACAGCGUCACUCACCUGCUGAUGCAGCUGAGUCAGCCCUGAGCGGCUGUUUCCCCCUCCCGUACCCUCUAAAGCAGUCCCCACAGGGUGCAGAUCCCACUCCAGCCCUGCCCCAGCUGAGCCAGGGAUCUUUAGGUCUCGCCUCACUCAUCGCCCAGGUAGGUUGAGACAGCGGAAGCCAGUCACGGCCUUCAACCUCUCAGCCAAUGAGAUAGAGCCCCGGGAACCAAGGAAGGAGGCGUGUAAGCGGACAGCCCGGCAGCUGGGCCUGGGGCGACAGGCUUGGGAACCAAACUCGACCUUGAGGUUCCAGAAAUAGCAAUUAGGGCAGAAACAAGACUUCAUCUUUUUGUGAAGAGCCGGACAUGCCUAUAGCGGUUUACCUAAAGCAGACCUUACCUGCAAUUGAUCCAUUAUAAGGUUUGCUUAAAGCUGAGUUUACUGGGAGUUCCCUGGUGGUCCAGUGGUUAGGAUUCUGUGCUUCCACUGCUGGGGGCCCAGGGUCGAGGGAUCCCUCGUGGGGGAACUAAGAUCCCGCAAGCCCCCAGGUGCGGCCAAAAAAAAAAGGGGGGCUGAGUUUACCAAUAAUAAGAUCCUCCGCAUAGUUUAGACUGAAGCCCAACCAGUAACAGAAUUGCCCCACCUCUGAGGGGCUGUGAGUUUCCAGACCCUCCUUUCACCUGCCACAAGCCUCUCUUCUUUUGGGGUGGGUGGGGAGUAGUGAGGGGAGGGGGUCCCAAAGCAGAGGACUUAGCCUGAACCUGGGGCUUUAAAUGCUAACCACUGAACCACCGCCAGUAGAUACUGUCUUUGGAGAAACUGAGGCAGGCCUAGGACAGAAACCAAAGUGGGAGCCAGGAGUCCAGCCCCUGCCCAAGCCCCCCCAAUCUUUGCAAACUGUAAGUUGUAGGGAGUCCUUGAGAAUUGGGAGGGAACCCUCUCCACCGUGAAGGCAGUGACCCUGCCUUGUCAGUAAAGUCACUGUUUUCUACCCCAGAUAUCAGACCUUUUACCUUUUCUGAUUUCUGACUUUUAUAGGAAUUCUCUUACAGAUGGCAACAUAAUAAAUCUUUAGUGAUACAUUAAUAAGCCACUUUUAUGGGGGGAAAACUGUAUGAUUCA